GCAUGGAGCUGUGAAGAGUGAGGACACCUUCAAGACAUCUCCAUUUCACUUGGACUUGUGGUUCUACUUCACUCUGCAGAACUGGGUGCUGGACUUCGGGCGUCCCAUCGCCAUGAUAAUCCUCCCUUUGGAAUGGUUUCCUCUGAACAAACCCAGUGCUGGAGAUUAUUUCCACAUGGCUUACAACGUCAUCACACCAUUUCUUCUGCUCAAGCUCAUUGAAAGGUCCCCCAAGACCUUACCCAGGUCAAUGGUCUAUGUCAGCAUCAUCAUGUUUGUCAUGGGAGCAAGUAUCCACCUGGUUGGAGACUCUGUCAACCACCGCCUGAUCUUCAGUGGGUACCAACACCACUUGUCUGUCAGGGAGAACCCCAUCAUCAAGAACCUGAAGCCAGAGACCCUGAUUGAUUCCUUUGAGCUGCUCUACUACUACGAUGAGUAUUUAGGUCAUUCCAUGUGGUAUAUCCCAUUUUUCCUCAUCCUGUUUAUAUAUUUCACUGGCUGCUUCACCCCUGUGGAAGAGGAGAGCAGGAUGCCAGUGGCUGCUCUGCUUCUCAUGGGGCCCAGCAGCCUUUAUUACUGGUACCUGGUGACAGAAGGGCAGAUCUUCAUCCUCUACAUCUUCACCUUCUUUGCCAUGAUGGCAUUGGUGAUGCACCAAAAAAGGAAAGGACUUGUCCUGGACAGCAAUGGCCUUUUCCUCUUUUACUCCUUCAUCAUCACUCUGGUCCUCAUUGCUGUCUGGGUGGUUUGGCUGUGGAAUGACAAAAUCCUCAGGAAGAAAUACCCUGGUGUUAUCUACAUCCCUGAGCCUUGGGCAUUUUACACCCUGCACAUGAGCAACCUCCACCCAGCCAAGGAGAGUUUCUAAGUUUUGAUAUUCUCAGAGUGAUUUGAAGAGAAAAGAUCUAGUUUUUCUAAUGUAGAUUAAUGUCUUUCAAAUAAAU